AUGGUGAGCACAAAGAGAGGAAUAGGGGUUGGAGCUGCCGGGACCCUAGUUUACAUGAGUUGUAAUAAAGGCGGUGUGGUUCACCAAUGCAUCGAGACGUUUCCAUUCACAAGGUUUGGUCUAGCAAAUGCCGCCUUGAUUAUAUUUUACUUAUCAUGUCGAUUUCUGAAAUGGCUGUUCUUUGGAAGACUUCGCAAAUACGAGGUGGAUAAGCUCAGGGAAAAGGUAUUGUACACGUUCCACGAGCUGGUGUUGGGGUUGCUCAUGGUGCGACUGUUGAACGUGGAGCCUUUUGGCAUCUCGAUAGUGCUAAAAUACUCGGGUUUGUUCUUAUGUGUUUUACUGUUGAAAUGUUUCCACUAUUUAUCCGUGGAUAGAGUUUCUACAAUUUUCUACCUGUCAUUGAACAAGCAGGACUGCAACAGAACCUUGCUACAUCUCAGGUUUGCUUUAGGGAUAUUGUUGAUGCAUUACAUCGAUAUUCGCUUCAUGAUAUGGUUCAGAAAUGAGCUACAAUAUGACAACGACAACGUGUUGUUGUAUGUGUUUGGAUUCGAGAUCGUCAACUUGUAUCCGUUCAUUCUCUCGACCUCGUUUGCCUAUCUCAUCCAGUUCCGCGAGUUCGUCAUGCAACUCAAGAAGGGCCCGGACUUUGCAUGGACUAAAAAGACGAGAUUGCUCUCUUUUGCAGAUAUCUUUUUCAAUGUGGUCAGGUUGGCCAUGUUCAUCGUUUUUACAUCAAUUUUCAUGGAGAGGUUCUCUCUACCUGCAUUGAACAUCGUUCCAGCAUCCUACAACAGUCUUCGGCUAGUCAUCGGUGAGUCCAGAAGACUGAUACAGCUACAGAGACAUUCAAUCCGUCUGCUUAAACUGACAAAACAGCUGAGGGAGCCGUCGUUAGAGUCGAUUGCUUUGACAGAUGACUCAUGCAUCAUUUGCAGAGAAGCCUUAGAGCUUAAGAAACAGAACGUGAAAAGGUUGGUUUGUGACCAUGCGUUUCACGUGGAAUGCCUGGAAAGUUGGUUGUCAAGAUCAUCCAGUUGUCCGUUAUGCCGUCACAAGCUUUAA